AUGCCCACCGCGGCCUACAGGAGCCGGAGCCGGGGCGAGACGGCCGCUCCACCCGAGCUCGGAACGACCCGGCAAACAACCAACCUCCCCCCCGGCCCGGUGGGGGUCAUCCCGGUCCUCCCCAGCCACAUCAAGCACACUGGAGGACGGGCCGCGCAGACUGUAGGGGUGCAACACAGCCAAGGCACAGCCAAGAUGGUGGCCCAGCACAGGCCCCAGACGAAAGGCACAGACACCCAGCCAUCACCCCAGCCCAUGGCAGCGCUAGAUCGGCUCUGUAAAAGCUCUUGGGCAAUACUCCGCAACAGCGGAGCCACACACGUUCAAGCUAUGAGAGCAGUGGCCGUGUGGCUUCACCCGGCCACCAGACGCCGCCAUUACGACGCCAUGCUGAGGGCCCCCAGAACAACUGCCCGGGCAGCCGCAAACGACCAGCAAAACAGGAAACAUUACCCGGGCAUACGGGCGCAAACACCCGACCUCACCCAUGCAGGAACCUAA